AUGGGCACCAGACUUCUCUACUGGGUGAGUCUCUGUCUCCUAGGGGCAGGUCACACAUUUGCUGGAGUGUUCCAGUCCCCCAGCCACAUAGUCACAGAGAGGGGACAGAAUGUCACUCUUACUUGUAAUCCAAUGUCUGGACAUACCUUCCUUUACUGGUACCGACAGACACUGGGGCAGGGCCCAGAGUUUUUGCUUUACUUCCAAAACAAGGAGGCCCUAGACAAAUCAGGGAUGCCUAAAGAGCGGUUCUCUGCAGAGAAGACUGAUAGCUCCUCCUCCACUCUGAAUAUCCAGGGUGCAGAGCAGCAGGACUCGGCCGUGUACCUCUGUGCCAGCAGCUAA